UUCUCUUGUACAGGCAGAAGAAUAGAUACCCGCGAAAAAAUGGAGUUAUCUGCACUUUCUUCCUCCACCGCACACUACAUCUACAACUAUUCUUCUUCUCCGACCUUCACUUUCUCUCUCCUCGCCGGGGAAUCUCACCCUCGUUUUUCUCUCUCCUCCCAUAAUAAUCCUGAACAUCCUUCAACUUCUUCUUCUUCUUCUUCGUCAUCUCCUCAUUUUCCCGGCAAUAUUCGCCGCCCUAAAACCCUAAAAACCACCACCACAUCUAAACCCUCUUUCACUCCUCCUAAAACCCCUUCAAAUCCUCUUAUUUCCCAAAAUACCCCUUCUAAUCUCACCCCUAAACUCCGUCUUACCAGCAAAAUCUCUCCUCCUCCACCUCCUCCGCCACCUAACGACGUCGUUUUGGGGGAUUCAGCUGAUACUGAUGAAGAAGAAGAGGAAGAAGAGGAAGAUGGAGAAGAGAGAGAUUCUGGGUUGGUUGAAUUUCGGCAAUUGGGUAAGAUUUUUGUGGGUAAUUUACCAUUGUGGAUAAAAAAACCAGAAGUUACCGAGUUUUUCCAGCAAUUUGGGCCGAUUGAGAAUGUGAUUUUGAUAAAAGGGCAUGAAGAUAUAGAGAGGAAUAUGGGGUUUGGGUUUGUUAUCUUUGGUGGGCCCGCCGCCGAGAAAUCGGCAUUGAAGGCUGUGGAGUUUGAUGGGGUGGAAUUCCAUGGAAGAGUUCUGACGGUUAAGUUGGAUGAUGGGAGGAGGUUGAAGAUGUUGGCUCGAGAGAGGGAGAGGUGGGUUCAGGGAGGGGAAGGGAGGGAGCAUAGGUCUAAGUGGCAUGAGGAGAGGGAUGGUUCUAGGAAGGAGUUUCGGAAGGUAGUGGAUUCGCAGCCGGAGAAUUGGCAGGCUGUUGUUCGUGCUUUCGAGAGGAUUAAGAAGCCUUCUAGGAAAGAGUUUGGUCAGAUGGUUACAUUUUAUGCAAGACGUGGGGAUAUGCAUCGCGCACGUGAAACUUUUGAAAGCAUGCGAGCAAGAGGGAUCGAGCCAAAUUCACAUGUAUUUACAAGCUUGAUUCAUGCCUAUGCAGUUGGCAGAGACAUGGAAGAAGCACUGUCAUGUGUGAGGAAGAUGAAAGAAGAAGGAAUUGAAUUGAGCUUGGUCACUUACAGCAUCCUUGUUGGAGGCUUUGCUAGAAUUGGCAACGUUGAUGCUGGGAAUGCAACAAAUUGAUCAUCCUCGUAAACAGCAGAAGGAUUGAACUUGUUUCUCCGGAAGUGAAUAUCAAUGAAUCUAAUUCCAAUCAAUUCGAUUAAACUGAGUGAUUCAAGUGAAGGUAGCUGGCCUAGAGAUGGCAGGAUUUGACAGUUUGAACAUUUAAAAAUGGUUAUAUUUCUGAGGUUCACAAAAGAUAGGUGGCUAAUCCAACUUGGAAAUGUUGAUCCACCAUAACAAACUAUCCGUAGGUCUUGGAGGCUUGUGUGCGGUUGUAGAUAGCUGAUCACCUCAUGAUUUACUCCGAUAUGUUCUUGGUACUCAUCAUCAGUCCAUCUCAACUCUAACUUCUUGAGUCGUUGCUUAGAUAUGAGAUUCGCCUCCUCAGCAUCGUCUAGGCCAGCAACAUUUUCAAGCUUGGAAAGGCAAAGCUUUCCUCCAAGGUCAUUCAUGUUUUUGAGUUCCCUAAUGCAGCAGCCAAUUUCUCUACCAACAAUAAACUCUGACAAAGUGCGGAGGUAUGUUAGUGCUCCGAUCCCAGCAGGCAUGGAAUGUAUACGACGAAGGGUACCAAGAUCAAGAUGUCGAAGGCUUGUUAGCUUCCGGGUGGCUUUUGGUAAUGCUAGUAGACGAGGACAAUUUUGGAGCUUCAAAGUUUGCAAAUUUUGAAGGCACUCUAUGGUUUCAGGCAACCUUGUAACGAGUGUUUCAGAGAGGUCAAGGAAACGCAGAGAUGUCGCGUUACCUAUAGAACUUGGCAGCUCUGAUAUUUUAGUUCUGCUCAAAUCAAGAACACGAAGAUUGUGCAAUGACAUGAAAAAACCACAAGGAAUGCAAUCAACAUUAGCCCUAUGAUCCUGCAACAACAAAAGAGUCCUCAUUUUCGUAAAUUUUCCAAGAGCCUGAAGAUCUUUUGUGAGUAAACACUGCAAAGUAACAUGUAAAUGUUUUGUUUCUGCUAUAGGAUCAAUCAAAACACUACUAGGAGUAUCAGAGAUCACCCUUACAGGAUUGAUUUUAGACCUUUCAAGUACUUGUUUCGGAAUUUCAAAUCCGAUCAUCUUGUACCACAUCUUCCCAGUACCAUAGUCUUCUUUCAACAACGAAACGACUUCUCCAUACUUACAAAGUGCUCUAAGAUAGGCAGCAGCAAUUUCUUCUGGAUUCUCUUCCAUGAUGAGAUCCUCUGCCAUCAAUAAUUGAAUCAGCGUAUCACCAUCAACUUCGUAAUCCUUAGGGAAAAGACUACAAUACACCAAGCAGUCCCAGCAUUCCUGUGAGACAAUUGCAUAAUCCUCUGCUCGCGUAAGCGACUUCAUACACUUAAGCAUAUCCUCAUAAGCCUCUAUUUCUCCAACACCCCAGAACUUGUAUAAAUUGUUUAUGUGCUCUGAAGAUUCUGCCUUGUACUCAAUAAAAUAUUUGAGCUGCGUAUCAUUA